AUGUGGAAGUUUUUGCGAUUCGCCGCUUCCCCAUCACGUCGAUUCUCGACGGCGAUUCCCGGUCCGUGCAUGGUUCACAAGCGCGGCACUGAUAUCCUCCACGAUCCUUGGUUCAACAAGGAUACUGGCUUUCCUUUGACUGAAAGGGAUCGAUUGGGGCUUAGGGGCCUCCUUCCUCCUCGUGUCAUUUCAUUUGAACAGCAAUAUGAUCGUUUUAUGAAUUCAUAUAGAUCUUUGGAGAAGAAUACUCGGGGCCAAUCAGAUAAAAUUGUUUCCUUAGCGAAAUGGAGGAUCUUAAAUAGACUGCAUGACAGGAAUGAGACUCUGUACUACAGAGUUCUUAUAGAUAAUAUCAAAGAGUUUGCUCCAAUAAUCUAUACUCCUACAGUUGGGUUAGUGUGUGAAAAUUAUUCAGGGUUAUAUAGGCGCCCACGCGGAAUGUAUUUUAGUGCCAAAGAUAAAGGAGAGAUGAUGUCAAUGAUCUAUAACUGGCCAGCUCAUCAGGUAGACAUGAUUGUCUUGACAGAUGGUAGUCGUAUUCUUGGCCUGGGUGACCUUGGAGUUCAGGGCAUUGGAAUACCUAUAGGAAAACUGGACAUGUAUGUUGCUGCUGCUGGAAUCAACCCACAAAGAAUACUUCCAGUUAUGUUAGAUGUUGGCACAAACAAUCAAAAGCUACUCGAAGAUCGCCUUUAUUUGGGAGUUCGACAACCCAGGUUGGAAGGUGAAGAAUAUCUAUCGAUUGUGGAUGAAUUCAUGGAAGCUGUUUAUGCUCGAUGGCCUAAGGCUAUUGUGCAGUUUGAGGAUUUCCAAAUGAAGUGGGCCUUUGAAACCCUGAAACGUUAUCGAGAAAGGUUUUGCAUGUUUAAUGAUGAUAUACAGGGCACAGCUGGUGUUGCACUUGCUGGACUAUUGGGAACUGUGAGAGCCCAAGGUCAAUCAUUGUCUGAUUUUGUGAAACAAAAGAUAGUGGUGGUUGGAGCUGGGAGUGCAGGGCUUGGUGUUCUUGACAUGGCUGUCCAGGCAGUUUCAAGGAUGACAGGGUGUAGUGGAACAGCUGCCAAAAGUCAGUUUUUUUUAAUUGAUAAAAAUGGUCUUGUCACAACGGAAAGGAGCAAUCUAGAUCCAGCUGCAAUUCCAUUUGCCAAAAAUCCAAGAGACCUUGAAGAGCUUACAGAGGGAGCUAGUAUAGUUGAAGUGGUUAAGAAGGUUAAGCCACAUGUUCUCCUUGGAUUGUCUGGCGUUGGUGGUGUUUUCAAUGAGGAGGUGCUUAAGGCAAUGAGAGAGUCUGUUUCAACAAAACCAGCUAUCUUUGCCAUGUCUAAUCCCACCAUGAAUGCUGAGUGCACUGCUACUGAAGCUUUCAGUCAUACUGGAGAAAAUAUAGUAUUUGCAAGUGGAAGCCCUUUUGAAAAUGUAGAUCUUGGAAAUGGAAAUGUUGGCCAUGUAAAUCAAGCCAACAACAUGUACCUGUUCCCGGGGAUCGGUUUGGGAACACUGCUAUCAGGUGCUCGUCAUAUAACGGAUGGAAUGUUGCAGGCAGCAUCUGAAUGCCUUGCUUCAUACAUGACAGAUGAAGAUAUCCAAAAGGGAAUCUUGUAUCCAUCCAUUGACUGUAUACGACAUGUCACAGCAGAGGUGGGGGCUGCUGUUAUACGGGCAGCAGUUGCAGAAAAGCAGGCCGAAGGACGUGGUGAUGUAGGGUUCAAAGAACUUAGCCACAUGUCAAAAGAGGAUACUGUGGAGUAUGUCAGGGGCAAUAUGUGGUACCCUGAGUAUUGCCCCCUUGUUCAUGAAAAAUAAACUUUUGAGGGCCUUGUGCUAUGCUAUUCAUAUCU